GCUCGCACCAAACACAAAACCAGAGUUAUCUGCUGUUUCCUGUUUUCAAAAGCUAGUUCGUCAAGUUGUGUACAUCAUUAUUUUUUUUCUAUAUUUAUGUAGUAAUGCUCCUUUCUCGGAGUAUUUAUGAACACUAAGCGAGUCCUCCUCAGUUGUACAGUUAUCUCAUUGCAGGACUCUGGGUUUGUGUAUCCCUGCUGUCAGUUCUGUCUGUCCAGAUUAACACCGGAGUCUAACUCAAGAAGCCGGUGUCCCAAGUGUGGCACCACAUAUGAUGCACAAAAUGUGGACUACAGAUUCAGGCUGUCACUAAAAGUGUCUCGAGAUACAAAUCUGUUUGGAGUGACGGUUUUUGGAGGUUGUCUCAAUCCCUUUUUUGGCAUUACUGCUGUUGGAUUACAGAGAUUUCUAGAGUCAGAAAAGUUCGAAGGACAACAGAGUUUACAGCAGCUACUUAUCAAAGCUGUAGAGGAUUGCUUUAUUGGCAAGUGUUUGGUUUUUGGAUUUAAGCUUUCUGGCCGUGAUGCUGAGAGCUGUUUACUUGGCGAACACAUUGCUGAAUCAGUGCGGUUCGUGGCCUGUCAAGUCAUUCCUCCUCAUGGAGCUUUUGUGGGUGUCACCGUUUUUGCAUACUUGCAAAGCCUUAUGCAGGCAAAUACUCGCUCAGACUGCUCUCUGAAAGCUGGUGGUCAUUGGCAGCAGAAAGAUUCCCCAGCGAGCAGCUUUGACCACACUCUGCCCCUGUGUCUGAUCUCGCACUCCGAAAGCAGCAACGAAACAUUAACACCCCCUCAUCCAUGGCAUUCAGUGUCGGACCUGAUUUUAUGUUUCUCUCCUGAGGAAACAAGCAGAUGUUCUUUAACAGAGGUUUCAGUGGACAGUGAAUCACAAGUGCCUUUGGCUUUGCAGUUAUCAAACGGUGUACAAGGUGCCAACAUCAAUCCUUCUCAAUCCCAACAGAACAGGUGCUCUACUUCACAUGAGUUUCUUUUUAAUGCUUCAUCUGGGUCCCCCAUAAUAACCACACCCUGUGAUAAACACUUUAAACGCCAGGCUUUAGAAGCUUCUCUUAUCCAAUUGAAUGACUCUUUAUCUGAAAGGCCACUUUUCAAUCGCACCAGUUUAUUUUUAGAGGAUGCGCCUCUGUCAGAAACCUUGGGAGAUUUUGUCAGCGUAGAGAUUGUUAAUCAGAAUGUUCUCAGUCCCACUAGUAAAAUAGAUCAAGCCAAGUCUGAGAACAGCGUUCUGCCUGAAAACAAUGCAAUUCCCAAAUAUACAUCAAAGAUCCAGUCAUCGCAUUCUUCCCUUCCUGUUCUUACACGUGAUGUUACUAAUAAUAGAGUGUCACUAAAAAGAAAGAAUAGAAGGCACAACGCCUCCACAUCAUCAAAAGAUGUGACGAAACUUUCACAUGUCUCUGAGGGGUUGCUCUUCUGUGACAAAAAGGAUGUGGCCUCAACAAGAACUGGAGGUGCUCAUGUGCAACAUCAUGCCACAAUAGUGCAAGAAAAUCAGUCAAGUGGCUAUGAGGAUGACUAUAAUUGUUCAGCAGACCUAUUUCACCAAAGCAGUAUGGACAUUUUAGAUGUUGACCAAAGAAAGCAUGACCGUCUUCCUUAUAUCAACAAUUCAGAGCCUACUUUUACCAGCUUCCAUUUUGCUCCUUCACUGCAGUCAACCCCAAUAGUGGAUCCAUCCAUCCAGUUAGCAUACAGACAGCGGCGUAAACUCGGCAAAAAACUGUCACGCACCAGCCAUAUCACUUUUCUUCAAAACCACAGUAUUAACAGGCCAAUGUUGCAGAUGGUAAAAUCUGCAGGUGAUCGAACUUGCGGUUCUGAUUCUGCUCUCGAAACCUCUGAAAGUUCAGCAGGUGGCUCUGAGCUGAAAGUGAAUGUGAAACCUGUGAAUGCAGACUCUGCUUUUCCCAACAUCACUAAUGACUGCUCAAGGGACCUUUUUGAUACUUUAUUCUGAGUAUUGAUAAAAGUUAUAUUUAAUAGUCCUGAAAUCUAAUCGCAUUGUAGGAGUUGUGAAUUCAUACAUGACCAAAUAUUUUAAAUCAUUUUGUGGGUUAUAAAAACAAGUCUGCAUUUUCCUCUGUUUCCCUAGUAAUCAAUUGUAUUAUUAUAUUAUGAAUUGUUUUUGUUGUUGUGGAUAAAUUUCCUUUUUCUUUUUCUUCUUUUUUUUGGGGGGGGUGGGGGAAAAUGCAGAGCUACUGUCUUGUAGCUACUUUGUUAAUGACUGUGCCACUUUUUUCCCCUAAAUAUUGUUAUACAUAGAGAAAAUAUAGUCAAUAUUGUUGCCUAAUGACACAUCUGCAAUACAAAUGUACAUUUGAAGUGUUUUGUGAAUUUGUCGUAGGAUGACGAUUUAUCUUUUACUUCAAGAGAAUGUUAAUUUGACAAACACAGAACCUGAUUUGUUGAUUGUCUUUACAGGUGAUUAUGCAAUUAAGUGAACUUCUUUAGGUAAAUGAAUAUCAUUUUUGUAUUAUGUACAAGUUUGAUGUAGUACAUAUGUGAAUAAUUAAAAAAAAAUAAUAAUAAAACAUUUUCAUACAAUGGAAGUAAAUCA